GCACACCAUAGCUUACCAUGAAGACAGUGCGGAGUAUAUAACGACCACAUGAAAUGAGUAUGGAUCAAUAGAAAUUUCGAUUCUAAUAUGGCCGUCCUGCACAUCGUAAGUGCCCUCUGUCUUCUUGCGGCAUGUAAUGCCAUAUACCUGACCAGGCAUACCGACUGUGGAGGCCAUGGCACUGUGCACUCCAUUCUUUUGGAACCGUGCAACCACGAGCCGUGUGAUAUACACCUCGGACAGACCUACACCGCUCGCAUCAACUUCACAGCAAAUGAAAACAGUCACACGGCUACAAACAAAUGCAAGGGGGAGAUUGCCGGUUCCUGGGUCGAUUUUCCAGUAACUCCAAGCAAUGCCUGUGGUACAGGAAUCACGUGCCCAAUCCACAAGGGAGAAACUUACACUUACACCGCCUCAGUAACCUGCCCAACUGACGCUCCAUCGGUUCGCAUGGUUGGUCAGUGGAGUGUUUUGGACGACCGGGGACAGAACAUGAUCUGCUUCAACUUCCCACUUCAGAUUGUAAAAUAAUCCAGUAAACAUAUCAUACAUGUACUGACAUGUUUUGUUUUUAUACAAUAAAUUAGUAUGAAAUAAAACAUGUCCCAUAAUUUUAAUUUUAAUAAAAUGUUGUUUUAAAUCAA